AUGACAAGUGAAGUAAAAGUAACGCUCUCUCAAUUUUUCACCUUAUCCAAAAUUUGGGCAAAACUGACUAAGACCAGAAGAAAAAAACAAAAUUUCGCUGCGACUUCAUCUCCGCCUCUAACCGUCGGAUCUUCCAGAACCCUAAACCCAUCAGCAAUUCGAGGCUGUCAUGGUGAAUUCCUCAGCUCAAUUUCGCGACCGGAUCUUAUGGAGGAAGGAAAAUGCGGCGAAGGGUCUGCAGGUUUCUCAGCUGCGAGAGAGGAUCUGAUAAGCAAGUUACCGGACUCUUUGAUAUCUCAGAUCCUCUUGUAUCUUCGGACAAAGGAAGCUGUUAGGACUAGUGUUCUGUCCAAGAGGUGGAAAAGUGUGUGGCGUUUGAUUCCCGGGUUGGAUUUGGACUCCUCUCUGUUCCCAAACUACUGUGCCUUUGUGAGUUUCGUUGAGAGGCUCCUAGGUUUCUAUAGGGAAGAGAAGUCAUGUUUGCACAAACUCGAGCUAUUCAUAGUGCAAGAUUGGAAGAUUGGGAACGAUCAGCAUCGCAUCGCGCGUUGGAUAGAUUUUGUGGCUACUCGUAAACUUGAGCAUCUUCAUGUUGGGUUUCGUCUUGCGAAACUUAUGUGGAGGGAAGUGAUGCCGUUAAGCCUCUAUGUAUGUGAGACACUCCUUCACUUAACACUCUAUCAUGUAUCCUUGGGUAGUUUUAAGUCUGUUUCAUUACCUCGUCUCAAGACUAUGCAGUUAGGAGAAAAUGUAUAUGUUAAUGAGGCGUCUCUAGAGUUGCUUAUCUCGUCUUGCCCAGUUCUUGAAGAUUUGAGCAUUGUUAGAAGGCCUGAUGAUAAUGUAAAGGUUUUACGAGUUCACUCUCAGUCAUUAACCAGGCUCCAUAUAGAAUUAGAAUUUUGUGUGGCUGAUGAUGAGGUUGAAGGUUCGGUUGAGGAUUUCGAUGAUGAAAACUCGGGGAUUUUGAUUGAUGCCCCUAGACUCAAGUAUCUGACUUUCGAAAAUGAACACUCGCCUAGUAAAAUCAUAAGCAAUCCAGGUUCCUUAACAAAGGUCAGGAUUCUUGGCGAAUUCCGUCUAUGUACUGAAUCUACUAAUGAAGUCGACUUACAGAAGCGAUACAUGGUCCGUAAUUUCUUCACCAGCAUCUCUGGAGUUAGGGUAAUGAAUAUAUCAUGUGAUGCUUUCCAGUUGAUUGAUAAUAUCAUGCCAUCACCCCAAUUUUGCAAGCUGUCCCGUUUGGAAGCAGAGCUUAAAUUAUGGUCCCUUGGAAGUGUACCAAAGAUUCUUGCAAGCUGUCCGAAUCUAAGAUCCCUUGUCUUGUAUGUGCAUCAUUCAAGUGUGACGGAACAAAUAGGACUCUCGUUCGUGCCUCAGUGUUUGCUAUCGUCGCUCAAGUUUGUAGUGCUAAAUAUCAUAUCUGCUGGAGGAAGUACUGAGAUUUUGAAAAUAGCAAGGUACUUUGCAAAGAACGGUGUAAUGCUCAAGAAACUUGUUCUGCGUUCGUGUUUUUCCAUUCCUGAAGAAGACCUCAUUGCCUUACAAAGGCGAUCUAGUUCGUGUCAAAUCGUAUAUGCUCGUGGACACAUCCAGUGUCCAUUCUCUUAUCGUUUCUUUUGA